UAACCUUCGGGAGGGCAAGCCCCUGGAUUCGGUUUGCUUUCGGAGACACCAACAAGAUGGGGGUCACAGCUGUGCUCAUCCUGCCUUUGCUGCUCUUGGGGAUCAGUGGUCUGCUCUUCAUCUACCAAGAGGUGUCCAGGCUGUGGUCAAAGUCAGCCGUGCAGAACAAAGUGGUGGUGAUCACCGAUGCCAUCUCGGGACUGGGCAAGGAGUGUGCUCGGGUGUUCCACACGGGCGGCGCGAGGCUGGUGCUGUGCGGGAAGAACUGGGAGAGGCUAGAGAACCUGUACGAUGCCUUGGUCAGCGUGGCUGACCCCAGCAAGACAUUCACCCCAAAGCUGAUCCUCUUAGACCUCGCGGACGUCAGCUGCGUACAGGACGUGGCCAAAGAGGUCCUGGACUGCUACGGCUGCGUGGACAUCCUCGUCCACAACGCCAGCGUGAAGGUGAAGGGACCUGCUGACAAGAUCUCCCUGGAGCUGGACAAAAAGAUCAUGGAUGCCAAUUACUUCGGGCCCAUCACGCUGACCAAAGCCCUGCUCCCCAACAUGAUCUCCCGGAGGACAGGCCAAAUCGUGUUAGUGAACAACAUCCAGGGGAAGCUGGGAAUCCCGUUCCGCACAGCUUAUGCGGCCUCCAAGCACGCUGUGCUGGGCUUCUUUGACUGCCUCCGAGCUGAAGUGGAGGAAUACGACGUGGUCGUCAGCACUGUGAGCCCCACUUUCAUCCGGCCGUACCAUGUCCGUCCAGGCCCAGGAAACUGGGAGGCCUCCAUUUGGAAAUUUUUUUUCAGGAAACUGGCCUAUGGGGUGCACGCAGUGGACGUGGCCGAGGAGGUGAUGCGCACUGUGAGGCGGAAGAAGCAGGAGGUGUUCAUGGCUAACCCCAUCCCCAAGGCCGCAGUGUACGUGCGCACCUUCUUCCCCGAGUUCUUCUUCGCCGUGGUGGCCUGUGGGGUGAAGGACAAGCUCCACGUCCCAGAGGAGGGUUAGCCACAGGGGGGUAGCGGGCCACCCUGACGGGAAUAAAAACUUUCCUGGCCUGUAAAAAAAAAAAAAA